CCAUGUUGUAAUUAAAUACUAAUAGGUACUAGCAAGGAAUAAUCAUGAAUAUCUAAAAUAUGUGAACAAGCCGACAAGUACAUAUAGCAUGGUUGAACCCAUGCAGAUAGCGUACCGGGUAUGUCAACAAGGCCAAUAUUCAGGUUCUGUCCCGAGUGCUUGGACCAACACAGAUGAAUCGCGGUAGUUGUUUCUAUCAAGCAAAGUGCCUCUAGCAAACAACGCAAACGGAAAAUUUACGCGAAGCUGAAGUACGAAAGCGCGUGUUUUCGACGAGCUUCAGGGACUGCGUGGUAGUAGUGGCAGUAGUAGUAUAUCAACCGACCCUGGCAUCGUUGCCGAUCAAUGAGAGACCCUCGGCUAGAGGAUUUCGGCUCUAUUAGUACAUAUGACCUCUUCGUAGCGCUAGGAUGCCAUCAUCAUUCCUAUUACGGGUAGCGAUACGACCCUAGAUGUUGAUGGCUUCCUUCCCCGCGUUUUAGAUUGACGGUCAAGAACCCUCCGCGGCCUUGGCUGGGAAUCGCGACGCUGGCAGAUGCGAGAUCUGAUCGCGAAGGCCUCAACCUCCAAGAAAACGUGUGUGAUGUACCUACUUAUACUACUCGCCUGCAUCAGCCGCAUCGCUCCCCCAGCGUUUUAACGUCAUCUCUUCCCUUGGCUUUCCAGGUUCCGGGUAACGUCUGAUAUACGAUGACUUCAAAGGUCGCCGCCCAUGGUAGGGGCCACCUCGUUCAUAGCCAUGCGCAUGAGGAGGACGUCCCAGGGACGGUAAAUCUUCAAGCUGCUGAGGGCGACGAUACGGUCUAUGGCAUGGCCCUCUUCCCAGUUCCUGCCGAGGACCCAAAUGACCCUUUGCAGUGGUCCAACUUCAAGAAGACUAUGAUCCUCAUAAUCUGCUCGUUUUACUCCUUUCUCGCCAAUGCGUCCGUCAUUGGGCCAUCGCCAUACCUCGACCUCUGGGCUGAAGAGUUUGAUAUCUCGCCCGCCGUGGCAUCUGAGCUGAUAUCUUACCCUAACCUCGCCUUUGGAUUUGGCUCUUUGAUUUUCGUGCCCAUGUACUUGAAGUAUGGCCGACGACCAGUUAUGCUGUUCUCUCUUGUUACAUUCGCAGCCGGUCUAAUAGGGGCGUCACAAUGUACUUCAUUCAAUGGCCUAAUGGCAGCGCGUGUAGUCCACUGCUUUGGUUCUUGCGGCGACAUGGCCAUAUCUUAUUCUUUAGGCGAUACUCACCAGGGUUCAUCUGAGAUAUGCGAAGCAUUACCGGUACAGUUAGUAAAUGAUAUAUUCUUCCUACACGAAAGGGGCAAACGCAUUGGGUACUAUACAGUCUGUCUAUGUCUCGGUACUUUUGCCUCAUUACCCGCUGGAUAUAUGCUCUCCGGUGGUCACGGUUGGAGGCUUUUCUUCUAUGUAGAGUUUGCGUUCGCCAUAGCACUGCUCAUACUAGCAUUUUUCUUCGUCGAGGAGACCUCCUAUAACCGCCAGGCCCACGUAUCGCCUUCCACACCACCGAACGAGCUAGAAAAGGAGGGUGUCCGUGAAGUCGAAAAGGGAUCUCAACAGGCUGACCUUGUUGUUCCAUCACGUAAAAGCUUCCUAGAAACAUUAAGUCUGCGGGGAAGAGUUGAUUCUAACGUCCCAUUCUUUACGACAAUGAUUCGUUCGUUUACUUACUUCCUUGUUCCCCAAUCACUCUGGGUUAUUACCACGUUCGGGAUCAAUGUACGUCAUAUAAUUGGAUUAUCAGCACUGUCCUUUUCUUACACUUUCCCGAUCUUAAUUACAUCGCCGCCUUACAACUGGACAGUGACCAACUCGGGACUCUUUGCCCUUGCCGCUCUGGUGGGUUACGGACUUGCUGUUCCUUUUACCUCAUCAUCAGACAGGCUUGCGGCUUUCUUCACAAAGCGUAACAACGGAAUCAGGGAGGCCGAAAUGCGCUUGGGAGUCAUGGUAAUUCCGAUGGUCAUAGGGCCUGCAGGAAUUGUCCUGUAUGGGUUAACGGCAGAGUUAGGAUUACAUUGGAUAUGCUUCUUUAUUGGAGGAGCCAUGAAUUACUGGGCCGCAUACUUUUAUUUCUCCUUCACGCUUGCAUAUGCAGUUGACUCAUAUUACGCCAACACGUCCGAGAUGCUCAUCGCGAUGAAUAUCGGGAAGCAAGUUAUCUCCUUUGGGUUUGGCCUCGAAGUACUGACCUGGGUAUUGGAAUCUGGGUAUGGUGUUGUCAUGUCCGGGAUCUUUGGCGGCGUGCUAUUAGCUAACAACCUCGUACUCAUAAUCUUCAUGGCCAGUAUGGAAGGUGGGAGUUUGAGUAGUGAGAGUCUGGUCGCCGAGGACUUUCUCUUAUGA